CUGACGCCCACCCGCUCCCGCCCCGGGACCGGAGACAUAAAUGCCGACUGUGCGGUGAAGUUGCCAGCUGCCGAGUUUGCUGAGCUUUGCUGCGGCUGCGAGUUGAGAAAGCCCGGGCACUCUCUGGCGCUGGGACAUUUUGCUCACCGCCUUCCAGCCUCUCUCCUCCCGAACUCUUCCCGGCUGGGCCUGUGGCUUCGAAGUUUUGUUUUUUGUUUUUUCAUCUUUUCACAACCCACAAAAACCACUAGCUGCUGAGGCUUCAACGAGAUCAAGAUGUGGACCGCGCCAGUGUUGUUCUGGGUUUUGGGGAGCGUUUGGUUCUGGGACUCUGCGCAGGGAGGGACUAUAGGUGCAGCACUAGAAGAUGAUAUUGUGACCCCAGGUACAGAAGAUGGCAUGGUGAUCCCAGGUCUAGAAGACAGAGUAACAACCACAGGUGCUACGGGAGGACUGAACGAAUCUACUGGCAAGGCUCCUCUGGUACCUACACCCAGAGAGGGUGGGGAGAAGCCUCCCAUUGAGGAAUUGCCAACCGGGGGAACCUCGGACCAUGAUCACAAAGAGCAUGAGACGACCACCGCCAGAGUGGUGACAAGCCACUUCGCAGGCGGGAAAACAAGCCAUCCCGAUAGAGAUAAUGCAGAUGAUGAAACUCAGACAACAGAUAAGAAAGAUGGCUUGGCGGUAGUGACUCUAGUUGGAAUCAUAGUUGGAGUCUUGUUAGCCAUCGGCUUCGUCGGAGGGAUCAUCGUUGUAGUUAUGAGGAAGAUUUCUGGAAGGUUCUCGCCCUAAAGAGCUAAACAGAAGAAGUGGUUCUCCCAACACUUCUGAAAGUCACAGAGCUUCCAACUUGCCCUGUUCCCCAUCCUCUUCCAGUGGAGGAAGAUGACCCAUGGAAUGCCCACCCACCCCACUCACAGCCAUGGUGACUCCCCCCCCUCCUCCAGUUGCCAACAAUACCAAAGGAAAGAUACGGGACAAGCCAAGGUCCGAGAAGCAUCUGCCUUUGGCAAACAAAAGUUUUAGCAUAAAUGUUGUGAUCCACGAUUCAAAAGACAACAGGCUUAGAAAAUGGAGCAAAACGGAGACAGUAUCACCAGCUUUCGCAACUGUAACCAUGGGUUUGUUUGUCGUGGCCAGUCUCUGUUAUUCUUAAAAAGCAAAGGAGUCUGGUAAUGUUACAUCUCAGAGGCACGAGUUCUUUUGCAGUUGCUAAUCUGCCUGCAACUGCAGUUGAUACAUACACAUUUCAGCCUAGUCAGAAGCUUCCACUGAGCCUUCAGUUCUGGGAAGAUGGUUUGCUUUUUACAAGUCUUCAAACCGUCUCUAAGCCUCCGAUGACUUAAUGACCCAGAGGUGUGUCUCCUCCACUCUCCUUGGUGAUGGAAAGCCCAAGUUGAAGAGCCAGGUCCUCAUCUCCCAUGGACUCAAGCCCGCAGAUCAGCCACGUCUUUCUGGAUAAUGGAGAUCUCCUCCCAGAUGGUGAGAAUGCUGUUGGAUGUCACAAGAUGCCAGAGGCUCAGCCGCUGUAGAACCAAGAACAUUUCUGUCCUUAAGUGGAAGUGACUCCUGUGCCUGCUUUAGUAUAGGAAAUAAGACCGACCAGUUUGUAACACCUGCCUUCUGCUGCUCAGGAAAGACAAGGAAAGCAAAAAUAAUUUUGUAUCAUCUUAAUUGCUCUUAUGUGGUGGAUGUAAAAGUUUGAUGUUAAUAGAAGAUAUUUCCCAUCUUCGUGACAUAACACAUUCUUUCCGUGGGACUCAGUGUUGCUAGGACAGAGCUGUAGUGUCUUGGUCACCUGUGUUGGUACUCAAUACAGUGUAGACAUCUUUUCAAAUAAAACAUGAUUGUGUACAA